GCAUCUCACGCUGCGGGGCUAGCUUUAUCAUUCACGCGUCUCAUAGUUUCCGGCCACUGACACCAGUAAAAAUGCGUUUACCAUGGUUUAUCAUCUGUCUAGUUUUCACUGUGUGGUGUGCGGAGGGCAGCGAUGUGCUCGAGCUCGGAGACUCUGACUUUGACCGGAGCGCAGCCUUGCACGAGACUCUGCUAGUGGAGUUCUUCGCACCUUGGUGUGGUCAUUGUCAGCGUCUCGCUCCAGAAUAUGAGGCUGCUGCCACAAAGCUGAAAGGGACACUGUCUCUGGCAAAGGUUGACUGCACUGGGAACUCUGAGAUCUGUGAACGUUUUGGAGUGAAUGGAUACCCCACCCUUAAAAUAUUCCGCAACGGAGAGGAUGCUGGAUCUUAUGAUGGACCCAGAACAGCAGAUGGCAUUGUGAGCUACAUGAAGAAGCAAGCAGGCCCAAGUUCUGUGGCUCUGCACAAUGAGGCAGAUUUGGAUUAUUUUGCCAACAACUAUGAGGCCAGUGUGGUGGGCUUUUUCUCUGGGGAAGAUAGUGCACAGCUUGCAGAGUUUCUGAAGGUCUCCGGUGCCCUGAGGGACAGCUAUCGAUUUGCUCAUUCCACUGAUGUGGGAUCAGGCUUGAAAUAUGGGGUAGAUGGAGAGUGUGUUCUGCUGUUUCGUCCCCCUCGCUUAAACAGCAAGUUUGAGGACAAUGUGGUGAAAUACACAGAAUCCGUUUCGAUCUCCUCUCUCCGCACAUUCAUCAGAGACAAUGUAUUUGGUCUAUGUCCACAUCUGACCACAGAAAAUAGGGACAGUCUGAAAGGAAGUGACCUGCUUACAGCGUAUUACAAUGUAGAUUAUGUACGAAAUAUCAAAGGCACAAACUACUGGAGGAACAGAAUAAUGAAGGUGGCAGCACAGUUCCAGGAUCAAGGUCUGAGUUUUGCGGUGGCUGAUCGACAGGAGUUCCAGGAUGAGCUUGAGGAGGAGUUUGGUGUGGGUUCGGUUGAGGGAGGAGACAUUCCCCUCGUCACCAUCCGGACCAGAGCGGGACACAAGUACUCCAUGCAGGAAGAAUUCACGCGAGAUGGCAAGUCCUUGGAGAGGUUCCUGGAGGAUUACUUUGCUAAAAGAUUGAAACGAUAUGUAAAGUCUGAACCUGUUCCAGAGUCCAACGAUGACCUUGUCAAGGUCGUGGUUGCUGACACAUUUGAUGAGAUUGUGAAUGAUCCAGAAAAGGAUGUGUUGGUUGAAUUUUACGCUCCCUGGUGUGGCCAUUGCAAGAGCCUGGAGCCCAAGUACAAGGAGCUUGGAGAAGAGCUGUCUGGGGACCCCAACAUUGUCAUUGCUAAAAUGGACGCCACAGCUAAUGAUGUGCCCCCAAAUUAUGAUGUCCAAGGAUUUCCAACCAUUUACUUUGUGCCCUCUGGACAAAAAGACCAGCCACAGCGAUAUGAGGGUGGUCGUGAGGUUAGUGACUUCAUCACCUACCUGAAGAAAGAGGCCACACAUCCGCUCAUCUUAGAUGAAUCAAGGGAUGAACUGUAAACACAUAAAGAUGCUGAAUUUAGCAGGUGGAGAAAUGCACAGACCCACACUGAACUUCAGCCAGAUAUGUCACACGCAGCUAUUCAUCACAUCCAUUGGGAUCAUCAAAGCACAUGAUAAAAUUCAUCACUUGUAAAAUGUUAGUCAAUACACAACUGGACACAUAAGGAAUGUAAUUUACAAUAAUUAUAGGUAAAGGGUUAGUUCACCCAAAAUUGAUAAUUCUCACCGUCAUGCCAUUUUAAACCCGUAAGACUUUCAUUCAUCUUCGGAACAUAAAUGAAGAUAUUUUAAAUGAAAUCUGAUUUCUCUCCCUCCAUUGACAGCUAAGCAACUACCACAUUGACUCUUCAAGUUUAAUUCAAAAUUUUCUGAAGAG